CCGAGACCGAGAACCGCUGGGCCAAGUUGAACAUGAUCGAGCGGCGGAGUCCCCAUCAGGUGGGCAAGGAGAUCGCCAAGGGCAUCAACAAUGGCAACAUCAAGUUCUUUGACAAGCAUCUGAGCAUGUUUCCGUCGGAUCUGGUUUACGGCUACUAUACCAUGAACAAGCCGAACAACAAGCUGGACGUCGCGGUUAUCGAGGCGUCGGCCAUUACGGAGGAAGGCGGGAUCAUCCCCGGUGCCUCGGUGGGUGCGUCGCCCGAGCUGGUGCAGAUGGCCGACAAGAUCAUCAUCGAGGUCAACACGGCCAGCCCGUCGUUCGAGGGUCUCCACGACAUCACCAUGACGGAUCUGCCGCCGCGCCGCAAGCCGUACCUGAUCAUGGCGCCCGAGGACCGCAUCGGCACGCCGUACAUCCCCAUCGACCCGGAGAAGGUGGUGGCGGUGGUCGAGUCGGACUACCCGGACCAGACGCAGCCCAACGCCCCCGAGGAUGCCUCGUCGCAGGCGAUUGCCAGCAACCUGAUCGAGUUCCUCAAGCACGAGGUCACCAUGGGCCGGCUCCCGCAGAACCUGCUGCCGAUCCAGUCCGGCAUCGGCAACAUCGCCAACGCGGUGAUCGGCGGCCUGAGCAAGGGCGGGGCCGACUUCCACAACCUCAAGGUGUGGACCGAGGUGCUGCAGGACUCCUUCCUGGACCUGUUUGACAGCGGCCACCUGGACUUUGCGACGGCGACCUCGAUCCGCUUCUCGCCCGACGGCUUCAAGCGCUUCUACGACAACUGGGAGCGCUACGCGGGCAAGCUGCUGCUGCGCUCGCAGGCGGUCUCCAACUCGCCCGAGAUCAUCCGCCGCCUGGGCGUCAUCGGCAUGAACACCCCCGUCGAGGUGGACAUCUACGCACACGCCAACAGCACGUGCGUCAUGGGCUCGCGCAUGCUCAACGGGCUGGGCGGCUCGGCCGACUUCCUGCGCAGCGCCAAGUACAGCAUCAUGCACACGCCCAGCACGCGGCCCAGCAAGAUCGACCCCACGGGCGUCAGCUGCAUCGUCCCCUUCUGCACGCACGUCGACCAGACCGAGCACGAUCUCGACGUCGUCGUCACCGAGCAGGGGCUCGCCGACGUGCGCGGCCUGUCCCCGCGCGAGCGCGCCCGCGUCAUCAUCGACAAGUGCGCCCACCCGGACUACAAGCCCAUCCUGCAGGACUACUUUGACCGCGCCGAGUUCGAGUGCCUGAAGAAGGGCAUGGGCCAUGAGCCGCAUCUGCUCUUCCAGGCCUUCAAGAUGCACCAGAACCUGCAGGAGAAGGGAACCAUGAAGAUCACCACCUGGGAGUAACUGUAUAGAUAGUAGAUUUUCCAAUAUACAAUAUACAACAUUAUUACUAGACUCUUUAUGAUUAUUAGUAUUCCACCUUAUUGUAAGAUUCCCAAUAGUAGUUAUAUUCAUUACAGUACGCUAAUCACAAACAAAACAUUAAAACUCAUUCAAUCACUCCGGCGGACGAUAGGCUCCCCCGAAUAC